UAAAGGUCAAAAAUACUAAUUAUAAAGUUUAAUAACGUGUGGUGGCGCGUUUUAGCCUGCUAGCCAUGGCUGCUGUUAUCCUGAGUUUCCCUAGUCUGCACGGUUUGAGGAUAUUUACACAAAAAGUGUCAUGGACCAAAAGAGGCGUGAGGCUCGUUUCAGGAGGAGUGGGACGGAUAGAGAAGGUGCUCAUUGCCAAUCGAGGAGAGAUCGCGUGCCGAGUGAUGCGCACGGCGAAGAAGAUGGGGGUGCGCUCGGUGGCGGUGUACAGUGAUGCUGACAGACACUCCAUGCAUGUGGCCAUGGCGGAUGAAGCAUACCAUAUCGGGCCUCCGCCCUCCCAGCAGAGUUACCUCUCUAUGGAGAAAGUUUUGGAAGUGGCCAAGAGGUCUGGAUCACACGCGGUUCAUCCUGGAUAUGGCUUUCUGUCAGAAAACACAGAGUUUGCGGAGGCAUGUAAACAGGAAGGAAUCAUCUUCAUCGGGCCUCCUUCUUCUGCAAUCAGAGACAUGGGCAUUAAGAGCACAUCCAAACACAUCAUGUCAGCUGCUGGGGUGCCAAUUAUAGGUGGUUACCACGGAGAGGACCAAUCAAACGAGAGGCUGCAAGCGGAGGCCGUCCGGAUCGGCUACCCUGUGAUGAUCAAGGCGGUCCGUGGAGGCGGAGGGAAGGGAAUGCGUAUCGCGCGGUCAGACUCUGACUUCUUGGAGCAGCUGGAGUCGGCGAGACGAGAGGCAAGAAAAUCUUUCAAUGAUGACGUCAUGCUGGUCGAGAAGUUCGUAGAGGACCCCAGACAUGUGGAGGUCCAGGUGUUUGGGGACAUGCACGGUAACGCCGUGUAUCUGUUUGAGAGGGACUGCAGCGUCCAGAGGAGACACCAGAAGAUCAUAGAGGAAGCACCAGGGCCUGGUAUAAGCGCUGAGGUUCGGAGGAAACUUGGAGAGGCGGCAGUCAAAGCAGCCAAGGCUGUUAACUAUGUCGGGGCAGGUACAGUGGAGUUCAUAAUGGACGCCCAGCACAAUUUCUACUUCAUGGAAAUGAACACCAGGCUGCAGGUGGAACAUCCCGUCUCUGAGAUGAUCACCGGGACCGACCUGGUGGAGUGGCAGCUCAGGGUGGCAGCAGGGGAGCGCCUGCCACUUCUCCAGGACGACAUAAUCUUAAGCGGACACUCUUUUGAGGCUCGUAUCUAUGCUGAGGACCCAAACAACGACUUCCUACCAGGAGCAGGACCUCUGCUGCACCUCUCCACGCCUCCAGCGGACCAAGACACUCGCAUAGAGACCGGAGUCAGGGAAGGGGACGAGGUGUCGGCACAUUACGACCCAAUGAUCGCCAAACUUGUGGUGUGGGGAGAAGACCGAUCAGCUGCCUUAAAGAGGCUCCGGUACUGCUUACGACAGUACAACAUUGUGGGGCUGAACACUAACAUAGACUUCUUGCUGAGUCUUUCCGGCCACCGGAAGUUCGAGGCUGGAAAUGUGACCACCAGCUUCAUCCCUCAGCACUACGCCGACCUCUUCCCCGCUCCGAGGGCGCCCUCCGGGGCAACCGUCUGCCAAGCCGCCCUCGGCCUGGUGCUGCAGGAGAGGAAACACACACAGGAGUUCACGCAAACCUCCACCGAUCCCUUCUCCCCGUUUGGCUCCAGCAACGGCUGGAGAAACAACAUCCACUUUAACAGAAACAUGACGCUACAACUGGGAGACAAAAAAGUGGACGUGGUCAUCACUUAUAACAAAGAUGGAAGCUACAGCAUGCAGGUUGGUGAAGAGGUGUACCAUGUGACAGGGGAGGUGGAGGAGGAAGGCGGAGCUUCGUUCCUGCACUGUUCUGUCAAUGGAGUAAUCUCCCGUCCCAAGCUGGUGAUCCUGGACAACACGGUGCACCUGUUCUCCACGGAGGGAAGCUCUCAGGUGUCGGUCCCGGUGCCCAAGUAUCUGGCCGGCGUGAGCGGUUCUGGAGCUCAGGGAGGAGCCGUGGCCCCCAUGACUGGAACCAUAGAGAAGGUGCUGGUGAAGGCCGGAGAUAAAGUGGAGGUGGGAGACCCGCUGAUGGUGAUGAUCGCCAUGAAGAUGGAGCACACCAUCCGGGCGCCGAAGUCAGGCGUGAUCAAGAAGGUUUUCUUCAGCGAGGGCUCUCAGGCCAAUCGUCACGCUGCUCUUGUCGAGCUGGAGGAGGAGGAGGAGGAGGAGGAGGUGGAGGGCGGAAAGGAAGGGAGCAGCCAGUAAACAGACAAGACACAAAAUAAAACCCGCAAAUGUUCAGACAGGUAGGAGACGAGGGCCGACAGGCGUGACAGCUGGAGGGGGCACUCAGUUUCAGCUUCCUGCUAAAUGUGAGUCAGGAUCUGAAUCAUGUGAUCGAGGGUGAGUUUGGGGGGUCGGUCUGGAGCGGACGAGACGCACAAACGUUACUAGAUCGAACGGUAAAAUAUCUCCAGUUGCCUUUAUGUUGAUUUCUGCCUUUUUGUUCUUUUUGCUGCUCCUUCUCCUUUGUUUGUAAGCCCCUCCACGUUGGUUUCUGUCUGUAGUGUAAUGUUUGUCUUUAUAAAUUAAAUAUUUUCUGAGCACAUUGGAGGUAGAAGCUGGUGGGAUGACGGGUGACAACUAAAUUACACUUUUGUGGAAACGUUACUGAUAACUGUGGGAGAAAGUGUCUAAUUCACAUGACCUUAAAAUAUUAAUCCUCGUUCCUACAGCACUUCAGUUUACUGUCAUUUAUCGAUCGCCCUUAUAAGGUGACAGAAAACUCUCCUGUGUAUAUAUUAAAUCUGUUUGUCCUAACUCGUGAGAGGUGAACAUUUUCAGCUGUGAAUCCAACAACUGGAUGCAGAUGUAUUUUUGUGACGUAAAAGUAUUUUCCACGGGGUUUUGUUGUUCAAAAUCAACCCGUCCCGUCUUUCCAGACCAGCUCCAACCCUUCCCUCAUUUACACCUGAUACGUAUUAUUACACUACUAUUUGAGGGGUCUGGUUUAACCCCUCAUCAUCAUGAUAUCACCGGUACAAAGGAGGUUUAUGUAAGUCGGUCUGAAAAACAAAACACUCCAGAUUAUUCCUCUCUCGGAUAAAAGUGACAGCAGAUUUGUCUGUGGGUUUUAAAAAUAUCCCCUAAAGGAUGAAAUGUCGGUCACAGAGAGCUUUGAGCUGACAGAUGGUUUGUCCCUGUGUGAAUCCACCGACAAUCGGCCGUCUAAUGCCCAGAUGUUUCUGUGGAGCCGCUCUCUUCUUACUAACUGGUGUGAUAUGAGGCCUUUGUAGAUUAAAACUGUAAACACGCGUGUUCUUUUUCCUGGAUUGUUUGUAUGACAGAAGAUGAAAAGAAGAGUAGUUAAAUACUAUAAUAAAAUGUUUUUUGUAGAAGUAUA